AGCUGUUCGUAAGAGACCGCAUUUAUUAUAGGUUUUUACUAUUAAACAGUUUUCAAAUACUUCCAAAAUGCGGAUUACACAAUUCUUGGGUAGCAAGCUGAAGAACUUUUCAAAUCUUCCCAAGGAAUACAUCGAGCGGAGUAAGAAGCAGGUGUAUUGGAAGACUCCGCGUGAGGUUAACUAUUUGCCACGUACUGUCGAGCGCAGGCGUUUCCGAUAUACAACCAAUCGGCCAUGGACAGGGCAAUUUCGACAGCAAAACAUGCCAGGCACCAUGCGCAAGAAGGUAUUUGUGGAGCCAGUUGAAGAGUGGAGUUUCUUCCGCGGCGAUCGCAUUGAAGUGCUUGUGGGUAAGGAUAAGGGCAAGCAGGGCAUUGUCACUCAAGCCAUUCCCGAGCGCAAUUGGGUGAUAGUGGAGGGGCUAAAUUGGCAUUACAGACGUGUGGGUGCUGAAAAGGAUUUUCCCGGCAUUAUUAUUAAAUCGGAAGCACCGCUACAUGUGACUACAGAUGUUCGGCUGGUUGAUCCAUCAGACCUGCAAGGCACCGAGUUUGAAUGGCGCUAUACAGAAGAAGGCGAAAAGGUUCGCGUAUCCAUGCGUUCGGGCCGCAUCAUUCCCAUACCAGAGACAAAUAACCAAACGCAUGACUACAAAACUCCAAAAGCAUAUAUUGAGCGAGACAAGGAUACACCAGCCGCCAUUGUAGGUGAGAUUACAUUUCAGCCCAAGCUAGCCACAUUUGAAAUGGACAUUAUGGAAGAAAUGGACAUCAAGGAAGAACGAACCCCAGCAAAAAGUUAUUGGUAUUAAGCCAAAGCUUACUUGUUUAUUAGACUAACUAAGCUGCUAAAAAAUCAUAAAAAUAAUUAUUAAUUAUACAAAAAAAUAUCUCGAGUAUAUCAUUUGCGCACAGCGCUAAAUAUUUCAUCUCUAUGUUCACGCAAUGUUUUGGCCAAACGCUUCACCGUGUCCUCGGCCUUUUCAAAAUCUUUGCGCAGCGUCUUGUUAAACGUGUCAUAUAGCCAUGUGGAAGUUUUCGAUAUGUUGGACUCGUAGUUGGCGAAAACCUUGCUGGUGUGCUCAUAGCUGUAAGUGAAGCGAAAUUGGACACAUGUAUAUGUAUUUGGAUUAAAAAGUACGUUAUCAGGACUAAGAUCCCAUUUAAAAAGUUGAUAGCUCUUU